UUAGGCUUUUGUUCAUUAUUGGAAUUGGUUCAGAAGUUCCGCAUAACAGAGUAUGCAAUAUGAAAACACAAACUAUGAAAUUAAAUAGAACGCAAAAAUUAGAGGAUAAAUUGAAACCAAUUUAGAGGACAUGUAUGAUUAGCUUGGGCUGUUUGUAGGUUCUAAACUGAAAAUGUUUCGGUGUUAUGCUUGGGAGUUAUUGAUGAUGACCAUGGGUGAUGCCCUUACUGCAUUCAAGAAGAAUAUGAUAGAUCCUACUGGUGCUCUUGAUAAUUGGAAUCCUAAUAUUUUAACUCCUUGCACAUGGUUUCAUAUUAUUUGCAACGAUGAAAAAAGCGUCACCCAUUUUUGCUUGGCCAGGUAUCUUGGAAAUGCAAACCUUUCGGGUCAACUUGUUCCAGAGCUUGGCCAGCUCCCAAAUUUGGAAUAUCUGGAACUUUAUAACAAUAACAUAACUGGGGAGAUCCCAAAUGUGCUUGGAAAUUUGACAAACUUGCUGAGUUUGGAUCUUUACUCGAACAACAUUACUGGUCAAAUUCCAGAAGAAUUAGCCAAUCUUAAAAAACUAGAAUCCCUGCGCCUCAACAAAAAUAGCUUGUCAGGAAAGAUUCCUAUGGGUUUGACCACCAUUGAUACACUGAUAGUUCUUGACUUAUCGUCCAACAACUUAACAGGGAAUUUCCCAGCCAAUGGUUCAUUUUCAAGUUUUACUCCCAUCAGUUUUAGCGAUAAUCGUUUCUUGGUGCAAGCCAUUCCGAUUUCACCACCCCCUACACAGAAACAAAAUCCUUCAGGUUUGUUAUUAUUUAUUGUUGGCAAUGAAUUUAAUUUUUCAAAGAAUAUAGCUCUUAAAGUACUAGGCUUCGGAUUUACUGUGAUUAGAGCUACUUUAUGUGAUUUUCAUCAAGUUAAUGUACAUUUUUACUUUGAAUGCCAACAUCUAUUCUAUAAAUUAAAUUCCAGAAAGCUUAUGAUGUUAAUUUCAAUAGGUCAAAUAAUGAAAAGAUUGAGGCAUCCAAAUGUUGUUCUCUUCAUGGGAGCAGUAACUCAGACCUCCAAAUCUUUCAAUUGUUACUGAAUUUCUUCCCAGUGAUGCAAAUGAGCCUGAGUCUUCUAUGGGUACAAGAGGAUCAUCUGGUGGUAGCAACAUUUAGGGUGUUGAUGAUGUUUUUUAGGAUGAAACUAUUUUAGUGUAUUAUGAACUUUGAGUAAGUAUGGAUUAAGUUGUAAUUGUUUCAAUUUAAAUUGCUUUUAUGUUAAUAUGUUGAUUUUGAGAAUCAAAAGUUCUAAUGAUAUAUAUUUGAG